GGCCACAUAAAGAAAAUGAAUUUCUUCAAAGUGGGGAAAUACUUUACGUUGGUGGACAUGCCAGGCUAUGGCUACCGAGCCCCGCAAGACUUUGCUGACAUGGUGGAGGCCUAUUUACAAGAGCGUCAGAACUUGAAGAGGACCUUCUUAUUAGUGGACAGCUUGGUAGGAUUUCAGAAAGCAGACCACAUUGCCAUAGAAAUGUUGGAGGAGUUUGGGAUCCCUUACGUUUUUGUGUUAACCAAAAUGGACAAAGCUCCCAAGGGACUGUUGGAUAAAAAUGUACUGGAGAUCCAAGACUUCGCAGAGAAACACACGGGGUGCUUUCCUCAACUCUUCCCAGUCAGUUCCAUAGAGUAUUCUGGCAUCCACCUGCUGAGGUGUUUUAUAGCCCAUGUUACAGGAAACCUUCCCAUGAUGAAUUCUUGACAGCCACAACUCUCCUGUUGUAUUCUACUCAUCCAGCACAACAGGGCUUCCUACCUGGAGGUGGAAAGGACCUGUCCUUUAAGAAGUUAUGAGAGGAUGAUGCCUGAAAAGAAAGUCUGGUACAUAGGCUGCAUGGAGUUAUGUGGUACCUCCACUCUAUGCCCCAAAAGGAAAUUACCCUAAUGUAAUUGAGCACCAGUGGCUACAAGCUGUGAGGGCUCUCUACUACCCCAUCAGU